UCGUCUUCAGCACUCCAUCCAACAAAGUCAAACAACAAUCAAAAUGAAAGCCAUCAUUGCUUUGGUGAUCGGCACUCUGGCUGUUGCAGCUCAAGGAUCAUAUCUUCCUGCCACUACCGCUGUCGUCUCCGGAGCCACUGCUUGGCCUUACAACGCUGGAUGGAACUCCUGGAAUGGAUGGAACAACUGGGACAACCAUUAUAAUGGCCAUCAUGGAUUGGCGGCUUACCCUUACGCUCAGGGUUGGUCCCCCGCUUAUGGUUUGUAUGGACACAAGACUGUUGUACAGGCAAACCUUGGAGGUCACGCUUCAUAUCCGUGGGGACAGCCAUGGGGAACCUACGGAGCUGGCUACGCAGGAAACUAUGGAUGGGGCAAGAAGUACGGGUACUGAAUGGAGCAAUAAUGAUGAAAUAAAUGAUUGGAUUGUUUACCAAGUUUAA